AAAAUUACAUGACAUUUUGAAAGGCCUUAAAAAUACCGCAGACUGGAUUCAUUCUUGAAAACACCAGCCAGAAAAUUAGGUGCAAAAGAACUGCAAACGAAGAGCCACUGGGAAAAGAUGAAACUCUACUUGGUACAAUUGAAGUGACUACUAGCAACGUGAGCCUUCUGCCGAAGAAGCAAACCAGCAAGCUUGUUAAGAGACGGUAUGGGCAGGCUUAUGAAACUCAAGUGGCUCACAAAAAGGUCAAUUUGAAUAUUGAUACUGGCUUGCCAGGUAAUUAAGCAUUAUUUGUAGAUGUGUUCUUUUCCCCCUUUUAUCUAACAACGUUUGGCUAAAUUUUGUUAUUGACAUAUUCUCAACUCAAACCAUUUUCAUGAAACAUUUCAUCGUAAGAUCUUAUUUUUAACUUACUUACAUACUGAACCAAACCAAAGUAUUACCCUUUCUUGAAUGGUAUAGAUUUGUCCCUUUUCUUUCCUCAUUGUGCAUCUCCACAAAUCAAUAUCACAAUGUGUAUCACAGUGUAUUGCUAUUGUUUCCAGACUUAAGAAGCAAGGCUGUAAUCAAGAAAUUGAUGAGGAUUAAAAAAAGUACCAGGUAGAGGAUGUGACAUAUCAUGUGAUAAAAGUCAUAAAUGUAUUCGCAUAUUUCUUAUAUAUACAAACAAUAAAAACAAAAAAUAUCCAUACCAUCUAUCUUAUCUAAAACUCGCAUUAAAUAUACUUUUCUACAUGUACCCCCUAAGAUCCUAUUAAAAAUCCAAAUUCAGCCUCUCUUUUCAUUCUCAAUUCGAAAUACCCCAUUCUGGAUAGAAGUUUUAUCUAAAACUCGCAUUAUUUUUUAUCUUUUCAAAUCUACAUGCAUUUCUAAGUUGGCAUGUGUAGUUCAGAUGCCCUAUUGUCAAUGUUUUGAUGUAAUUAUAAACAGAAAUAACGUUUUUUAAUAUUUGUAAAGUUUAAUAUUUCGAAAGAAAAAUGUAGUCGACAUGUUUAUGAAAUGAUGUCCAUUAUUUUCCAACUUAAAAGUUCUUUUACAACUUUAUAAGUUGCUGUAGUCAUCUGAAUUUUGGUUUGCGAAAAUAUUUUCAGUAGUUCUACCAUUUCUGCUUCAAGCUGCUCAAUAAUUUUGUACCCAAAAUGGUUUUAUUAUUUAUGAUGGGUUAGUAUGCUAUCGUUACGGUUAUUAAAUCUGAAUUUUGCGGCAAAUAAUUAAUUAGACAAAACUGAUACACUCAAUUUUUUAGGUGUACAUUUGAAAGAUAAAACUUUGGAGAAUCGUUAAGAGAUCACAACUUGCCCUUGCUACAGUACGCUGGCUAUUCUCAUGAAAUUACAAAAAAUGUUCCUUUUAAUCUAUGGAAGCAGCUGGCAGAACCACUCGUUUUUCAAUUAUUGACAGUGGAGACCUUAUCUAUGCUCCUCUUACUCUGCUGCACAGUUUAAACACUUACAAAAGAUACAAUUUGCUACUGCAUCUUUUGCAACAAGUGAGUAUGUAACGGAUGUUACCAAGCAUUUGAUAUUUGAAUGGCUAUUUAUCAAAGAAGAAGGAAGAUAAGCCUCCUAAAGUCAAUAUUCAAAGCGAUAAAUUACGACCCUUAGCACUAAAAGAGCAGCAGCUCACCAAAGAGCAAUCACUUGUGAUGCCAAAGGAAACCUGAAGUCUUCAAGAGCUGUCUUUUUAAAAAAAUAUUUCAGGAGUUGUUUCAUGAAGUCUGGACAAUCUCUCUUUAGUUAAAAACAUAUAAUUCAAUAAAUAGCAGGAGAUUAGCCUGUGCUCCAGACCCUCAACCUGGGUUAAGGGUAUGUGAACUGCCUGUAAAUAUUGCGUCCAGACAUUUUCCCUGGUUUUUCAGAAAAGCUUAAUUAUGCAUUGCAUAUUUAUGAAUUAUUUUGUUUAUUCGAUUAUUGAAACCCUGUCAGAGAAGAGCCUGAUUAAGUGACUUGUCUUCGACAUUAUCUUCUCGAUUGUUCUGGUUGAAGUAGUGAUAUUAGGAAUGAACAACGCGAAUGGCCUAUUCUGAAAGAAGAGAAGUAUUGAGCGAUAGCAGUGUGGAUUGUUUGCCUGCCAGCAGUAGCUCAAGCAGUACUCACCUUACUACGGCGAUCAACCCCGAAUGGAUCUGCAUUCUUUGCUUCAAGGAAUUAACUGCCAAUGGCAAUAGAAACUUAGUUGAGGGUAAGGGUACAUUCAAUGCUAUUGCAAAAAUCAAUUUACUGCCUUUUAUUGUAAACAGAGUUGUAGCUUCUCCCUAUAUCUGCAAGAAGUGCCUUGGAAACUUAAAGAAAAGGAAUGCUUGCCGUGCAAAACUUGUUGCUCUCGAUGAGGAAUUUGAGCAGGAUUAUAGAAAAGUCUGUUUCAAAAACCAAAUUCCAGUGAAAUCAAAGUCGUCUUCAGUUAUCAUCAAAAAGAACUAUGUCAGCUCUGUUGAUGUAGAUAUUGAUGAAAAUGAAUUUCAAGGGGAUCAACAUCGAAAACCUGGCUGUGUCAGUGUGAGUAUGCAAACAACAACUGUCACAUCCCAUACCAACUUAACAGCUAAUGUUAGCGAAACAUUUCAGACAAAAGCUUUCAUCAAGAUAGUAUGGGAAAGUGGAACAAGAGAGCGGAUGCUACCUGAAAUGUUCGUUACUUUGGGGAAAAUGCUUCUUCGUGGAACCUUGAAACAGAUAGCUGUUGCUGCAUUGAAAUGUAGCAAGCUGAGACCUUUUUUAAUCAAAGAAAUGUACAGAGCUAUUUAUAAUGAAUGUCCCACACUCUGUGCCAAAAAAGAUUUAUCAAUCUUGGCAAAAGUAAAAAAGAGGUUUUAUUGAAUUUUAGUUUCCAGAACCUCAACAAUGAACUGGAAUUAAAGUCACCACUUUUACAUGGAGUUUUAAAAACUGCCUUUAUCAGCAGAAGGUCAAGGAAGAAAAAUGAUUUAUGGGUGCCUCCAUUGUGCAUGGCUACUGCUAUCUGCAGAACCGUUCAAGUCACGCAACUGCAUUACAAUUGCUGAUAUCAAUCAUAUUCCAACAUUGCAGCUUAACAGUAAGCAUAACUUGUAUAAUUAUUCUUAUCUUAAUUGAAGAUUAAAAUCUGUUUUAGCAGUUGCCAAUUUUUUUAUCAUAAAAAUAAACCUUAAAAAAAAUUGAUAAUGAUGUCAUAAAUUUUGUUGAUCUUUGUUUCAAUUUUUAAGAUUAAUUUUAUCAAAAACUGAUGGUUAUUGAACAUCCAGUUCAGUCAAAAUUCCAUAAAAUUACCUUUCUAAGGAAUACAAAAGAUUCUAAUAUAUGAAAUUUCUAAGAGCUAUAUGUUAUUUUGUGAUUGGUAACAACGAAUUAUAUAAACAUUUCCCACUCCAUCUCCCCCUUCCAACUUAAUGAUUAUAUAUAGACAUAUAUAGCAUUCAUUUGGCAAUCAGCAAGCAUUCCUUUUUCUAAGUUUUUAAUUUGCAAAAUAAAGUUUGUCGUUUUUCAAAUAUUUUCAGGCUGCUAUGGUAAGAUUGAGGGUUGUGAGACUGACAGUUUCUCAUACAUACAUUUAUAAGAGACUGAAUGAAUUUGGUAAAGAGCUGGAUGAGGAUUUUCUGACCUCUGCUUCAGCUGAGGGGCAACAAAUACAAUGCAAGCCUGUAUUUGUUUCAUCCCCUAAAAAGAAAGCUUCUAUGUCUAGCCUUGCAAAGAGUAGUAGUCUAAAUGGAAAGGAAAUAAUUUUUGAUAAUGUUGAUUAUGCACAAAAGGUUCAUCAGAUGAGUGAAACACACCAGAAUAUGCUUCAUCAUUGGGUAAUCUAUAUGUCUACAGAAAAUAAAUUGCCUGGGCACCAUUUUCCUGCUUGCAAUUUAUCUUCCUAGCAAGCAAGGUCACAUAAAGCAACGUUUGGAUUAUAUGUAUUUAGUUGCAAGGCUGAUAACACGUCAUAUUUCUUGUCUACAUUUUUCAGAACUGUUGUGAAAGAACACAUGCCACAUAAAUUUUUUCAUUCUACUGGCUUAGCAACCAAAAGAAGUAAGUUGCAAUUUUUCCCAUAACCUCUAAAAUAGUGUCUACUUAGAAGUGUGCUUCUUCAGCUAGUGGGCUAUGCUGUUAACAUAAUUGAACAACUUUACAUAUAUUGAGCAAGUGUAUCUUAUAAAUGUAUGCUUCUACUGCCUUCGUAUGUUGCUAUACUUGAAAGAGGAUGGAAGAGGAAGUACAAAAUAUGCAUUGGAAGCAUUUUAUUUCAUAAGCCAGGCAAACUGCUUCCUGUCAGAACGUGCGGCAUUUAGGCUGGUGUGGAAUCGUUUUUCAAAAAUCAAGCAUGGCUGGGGAGGAAAUAUUGCACUAGAUCUUGCAUUGGAACAUCUCUACAGACUGCUUUAGAAUGCUUUACGCAUGCUAGGCCUCAAUGCCACCAAUCAAAAGUCUGUAGACAGGUACUGUAAAGCUCUGAUGACAAGCAAAUCAAUGAAAGAUCUAUGGGAUAAAAGCUCGAGUUUCAUUAAGCAAUCUGGUAAGCAAACAAUGUCUUGUGCAGAUGGAGACUUGAGAAAAACUGUCAAAGAAUUAAUUGAGUGCCAUGCUUUGAGGAAAAUUCCAAAACGAAGGUUUCAGUAUUUCAAGAGAGUAAAAAGUAGCCUAAUUGCAAAUUUGGAUAUGACAUCACUCUUUGCAACACAAGAUUUAGAUUAUCAAAGAUUUAGAAACACAAGAAGCUUAUCAAAGAACGUAAAGCAGCUUGCUAAAAUCUGAACUGUUCCUGAUCCUGUGGAUGAACUGUAGUAAAGAUCUUUGCCACUGAAAAAACUCUUCAGUGCCGCUUUUUGUUCGGGUAACAAAUCUUCUACUCCUAAGAGCGCUGCAGUUACAUGAACGUAUUCAUCGAAAUGUCCCAAUUUCUUUUCGAAAGAAAGCUUUGUCGAUACCGCCAUUUUGACAUGCAGUUUGGAUAAUGUAUGCAUGGCAAUCCAACUCAAUGCAUGGACACAAAUUUAACAGGCAGUUCACAGACCCUCUCCCUUCAGGUUAAGGGUCUGGAGCACAGGCUACAGGAGAUAUGUGGAUAUAUUAUUUAGAUAUGUCAAUAACCAUUAUAUCGUUAUCAGUUUAGGAUCCUUUAAAAACCAAAUUUGAAUGUAGGAAUUGUUGCUGUCUAGGAAUAAAAAAGAAAUAGACACAGCAAGUAAAAAAGAACGUCUCUCGAAAAUAGAAAAAUUUAAAUCAACAAGCCAAUAAUAACAGCAAAUGGAUAAAUAAAACUAUUGCUAUGGAAGCUAAUAAUAUGAAGUUAUUGGCUGCCCUGCUCUUUUAAGCGAUGAGUGACUGUGUCAAGAAAAUUUUUGCAGACAAUAAAUCUGUGAUCUUUGCCCUUUUUGGCGCUUUGGAGUGAAAUCACUUCACCAUUGGAGUUUUUUUUUUCUGUUGAAUUUUUUUAUCACGUCUCCACCCGCCAGGUCUGCAAACCUUUUCUUUUUACCAGCCAUUUACCUGGGGUACUUUGACUACCAGCUGCAUUUUUUAUAUCUAAAAGUUCUCCUGCAUACAAAAAUAGCCAAAAUUUCCUACUUGACUUAAUGAGGUUGGGAUGCUAAUCCGUCUUCUCGCCACUCAGAUCUAACAAGUUUAUCGUAUCUUCUGUAAAGAAACAAGAAUACUUUGUCUUUAGCUCUUCCUUUUCUUUAUCUCACAAGGACACCAAAAAAUUCACCUCUGAAGCCUUCAUUUUGUCGCCAACAUUCAAUGCUGCUAUAUCAGAAGUAACAAUUUUUAAAAGGCUUGCAGAGAUCUCUAACAACUGAAGUUUUGUUUGAGUCACUGUCAUUGCCAAGGAUGACAAACUUUAUUUUUGAAAAUUUCAUUGAUUUGGAUUUGCCCAUAGUCUGUUGGAUUCUUAAUCUUGUCAUCUUUCUUUAGCCACUGAAUGUCAUGUGAGAUCCCUUCAAUUGUGAAGUCUCCUUCCAAGUAGGGCACUUUGGCUGUAGAACAACCCACUGCAUCAGCUGUAAGCAAACUAAUCAGUAGUGAGAUGAAAUAAAGAAUCUAGAAAUUUACAAAAAAUUACCUUUUAGGUGAAAAGAUCGCCACCGUGACUCAUAUUUGUGUUUGUGUUAAACCAUAUUGUUACAAGCUACUUUUUUUGAUCGAACUCGCCAAUGCUUGAGGUAUUGCAUAGUAUAAUCAAAAGUUUAGCAACAUGACUUUUGUUUAGGGACAGUUCUAAUUUUGACAACAUGUGUUAUGGUCAUAUAGAUCAUUUCAAAAACCAGUCAAAAUUGUUCAUAUUGAUAGUUUGUUUUUUUCCUGAGAUUUUACUGUCUUAAAUUUCAAAUUGACUGUACAUUGGACACUUUUUGAUAGGGUCAUUGUUUUUGCUACUACUCUAUUUUCAUGUUUUAUUUUCAAAUUUCAUCAUGGUUGGAGACAGUCUGCGUACAGGUAAGAAGUUUUUGGUGUUUUUGUCUCAAUUGUUGCUGUUAUUUUCCUUUUGUCCCACUUGCAAUCUGAAAAUCCCGAAGUUACAUAUCGUCAAGUGGGAACAUUGCUUGAAAUCAAGACCAAGUGCCAUAAUGGAAAAUGCCAGAAGAAAGAAAACGUUUGGCGCAGCCAGCCUGACUGCCUGGAACACGAAUCCCAGCCUGUAAUCUUCUCCUAUCAUUUGCGAUUCUCUCAGUUGGAUCAUCUGCAAGCAAGGUGCUUCGCAUUUUCAAGCAUAUAGGCUUGGCAGCAAUAUCCCUUCGGACAUAUUUUAAAAACCAAGAAGUAAGUGAUAUCAAGUAAUUUUUUGUGUUCAAAACAUUUAAAGUAGCAAAAAUAAGAAUUUUCAAUUUCUUGCCUUGCAAUUUAUCCAAAUUAAUGCAAAUAGAUAUUAAAAGAAUAGUAAUGAAAAUUGUCUUAAAACGUUUGUUUCAUUUGAAAUGUAAAUAUAGACCCCUUGCCUCAUGACGUCACGACAGAAAGUAAACACUAUGUGCGCGCAUACUCCUAGUCAAAAUGUUUGUGUAUUAUGUUAUGCCGGUAUCAAUUUGAACGAUUAGAAGGAAAGAACCACGUUAUAAGGCACAUGGAGAGUUUCUAAUUUUACAACUGCAUGCGUGUCUUUUUAUUCAUUAUCACCUGUUGACGCUGGAUGUAGGUUUUCAGAAAACAAACACGUUAAAGAAUUCUCAGUACAGCUGGUUACAGGUCGCCACACGCGUGCACACAUGGCCUAGCUCCAAUAUAAACGUGAACUUGUCUCUGUAUACUGGUCAAAUCUAAAAUGGCUUUCGAGGAAAAGCUUUCAGACUUCGUUCUUGGACUUGAAGCUUGCGAUAGAAAGCAUUAUGCUGCGAAACUGACGUUAGCCGACGGCACAGUGCUUCCUGACCCGUUUCUGCUGGAACAGCGAUGGACUGAUGAUAUAUCGAACUUGCCGAACUUGUCGUGGAGAGACGUAACACAAUACUUGAUCGAUUCUCCCAGUGAGUUUACCAAUAAAGCUAUGAAGGCAUACAAGUCCCUUGAAGCCUACAAUUACAGGACUAGCUACCACCACGCAAUACACAAGAAGAGUGAAUUCUGCUACAUCAAGUCAGUGGUAUGUUACCUUUUCAAGUUAUUCAUUUCAUAGCAUUUUAUCUUGAAAUAACCCCUUACCACUGAAAAGAUAACUAGAUUCAAUCAGCUGUGCAUUAUCAGGGUGGUAUUAAAUCAUUUCUACAAUAAAAAAUGAACAUUGCAUUGAUGCUAGAAAUCUUUUUGGGAUUGUCUAUUUAAUUAUCAGUAAUCAUGGAUAAUUUUUCCUUUAAGGUUCUACCCAGUCAGCGCCAAGGCCAGAAAACAUCCCAUUAUAAAGUCUGGGUGUGCGUCAACAAAAAACAUGGUUGGGUGUUAACAGGGAACUGUACAUGUAUGGCAGGACUUGGUUCUUCAUGUAGCCGCUUUGCUGUUUAAACUUGAAGCCGCUGUAUACUUCCAGUUGAAUGAAAAAAGGGCCUGCACAAGUGAACUGUGUGCAUGGAAAGCAUCGAGAAAGAGUGUACAGCCUGCACCAUUGUCAGCAAUCGAUUUUGGAAGACCUAAGAAGCAAACUUUGCCAGCAAUCAGCACAAGAGAUAUACUGGCAUAUCUUAGCAGCUCUACAUUUCAACGAAAACUUGAAAAGGGAAGUGAAAAUUAACACAGAUGAGAAAACAAAGGUAUUGGUGACUUACCCAAAGUUCAAGAAUGGCGAAGCAAUAGUGAGAGAGGCCAGAGUAGAGCAAACUUUUGAGGAUAUAAACCAACUUUAUACAACAUUAGAGAAGGCACUGCAUAAUUGCAACCUUGAGGCAAGUAAAAUAGCAUUGAAAGAAAUGACCCCACCCCCUUUGAGUGACUCUAUGAAGAAGCAGGACAGAGAAACGGCUGUAAAAAAACAUCAUGCCCGAAAGACAAUGGUCAACAAAGAAGUCCCAUCAACAAAUAAACAAACACUUGAGAAUAAGAAGGACAACAGCAAGAGAAAAAAGAGCUGCUCCAAGAUGCAGUAAAUGCGGGAAUCUUAGAAGAGGCCAUUCACAAACAGAUUGCAUGAAAUAACAUUUGAAGUUCUUCUGGAUAACGCUAGGGUAUAAUGAAUAACACUCUUUUUUUAUAAGAACAUUUUUUUGAAAACAACCUCCUUAACUGGUCAAAAAUAAAGAACAAAUUAAGAACAAGCUGAGAUUGGAAAGAUUAAUUAAGGAGGAACAAGGUGUGACCUCGGACCAUCGAGAACAUGAUGAGAGAAUCAGAUGUAGUGAUUGUUUCAAAAGACACUGAUUUUCUCGUCCUCUUGAUCUGGGCGUCCACAAAUAUGCAAAUAAAACAUAGAUGGUUCUACCAAUUCGAUCAUGAGAAAUUUUUAGAAGCUAGAAAUAUUUGUAGAAGCCUGGGCCAAAAUAUUUGCUCUGCCCCCCUAGCGAUCCAUACCAUUACAGGUUGUGAUACUACAUCCUAUUUUGACAGGGCUGGAAAACCAGGAUCUUAAAGAAACUUAUAAACGAUGAAUCAAAAUGUCAGCUGAUUGAGUCAUUGGGAGAUUACUCGAAAUUAGGCCAGAAUGCCCUCAAUGACAAACCGAAGUUUCCACCAUCACUCUCAAAGAAAGUAAAAAGAGCUACAAGGAACAAAAUAAUGAUGCCGAUGCAGAAGCAAGUGAAGUAGUGCCGACCAGCAAAAGAAAGACAAGAAAACAGAAUCAAGACAGACAAGACAGACCUGCUGUUAAUCACAAUUGUCCAUACAAGAGAUAUAUUGAAAUGAAUAGAGGAAAUUCAUCACAGCAGAUAAUAGAAUCAGAAAUAUCCACUAACGAAAAGAUGAUGAAAGAGAAUGGGAGGUUUCUGAUUUUCUUUCAAGUGAUGAUUCUGUGGAUGAAUGGUCGCUGUAAACUAUGAAUUCUUUAUACAUUUUAAGCUGUAGUAAUUAGUAGAAUUAGAACAAAUAAGUUUUAAACCAGUAAAUACGAAGUGCUUUAAUAAAAUUACCCCAUAAACAAGCUAAAGCAUGUUAAAAAGGGUUCUAGUAGCUCGUGAAUUGGGCUUUUAUAAAAAUUGCUCCUGCGGAUUUGCUCCUAUUACAAUGCUAAACAAGAUUGCUCAAGCAAUUUUUCAAAAUAGAGAAGUAAAAAUUUUGAUGAGCGGAAAUUAUGAUGUCAUCGAUCACAUGAUUUCUAUUGUGUUUGCCCCAGCUGGUCAGUCGUCACGUUUUUUUAACUACAAGAAAACUCACAGCAUUGUGCUUUUGAGAGUUUGUGAUGCUAAUUAUGAUGCACUCUCGUUGAUAUUGGUCGCCAAAGUGAUGGCAGUGUAUAUUCAAAUAGCAAGCUAGGCUAUGCCAUCGAGAAUAACUUUUGAACAUACCAGCUGAUGCAAAAAUCACUAAUUCGGAAAAGGUUUUGCCAAGGUUUUGUCUGAGAUCUGGGGAAUGGAGACAAGACACCAAUAAUAUGAAUGGAAUGAUUUCAAUUAGAGACAUCGGAGCUUCAAAAAAUUAUGGUGAGGAUGCCAAAUGGGUCCGAGAUCAAUUCAAACACUUUUUUAGUAACAAAGGAGCUGUCAAAUGGCAACAGGACAUUGUACGAAAAGCAAAAUGAACAAUUUCAAAUAACAUCAUUAUAUUAACAGAAAACGAACUAAUGAUUAAUAAAAUUUGCUUGCAUAAACCAGAUGGCUAAUUACAUUAAACAAGGAAUUCUUCAUACAUUAUGCAAGGAAUAUUUAGUUAUGUUAUGACAUAUAAAAUUAUGACAUACAAAUAAGCAGAUAUAUUACAAAUUAGCAAAAUGUAUUGAUAUAUCAAUUCUCCAAAGAUUCACAAUUGAUAACAUAAUAGGUUCAGCUGUGCUUGAAUAUAGGGCUAAUUCAAAGCUCGAUUCUAAAACAGGGAUUGAUUAGAGAGGGAAAAACCAGAUCUUUUUAGAAGGUUCUUUUUUGCAGCAACCAUUUCAAAUCAUUUGGCUGCUUUUUCUUCAAAUCUGUCAGCAUAAAGGGGGGGGGGAGACUUAACUAGAUGCAAAAGAUGAAAAUGUCAUCAAAGGGGCCUUAUUCUAAAGGGCAAUCUUUCAUAAGAAAUCUCAGCUGGAAAAGUUGGAGCCAGACCUUAAUUAUUAUGGAAAGAGGUGCAAUACAUGAUUGAAUUGGACCGGAAAUUGAGGGACAAUUGUCCUAUCCCUAGAAAUUGUGUUAAAAAUGCCUUGUUUUGGCUGUGACAAGUUUAUUGAUAUUUGCAGUGUCUAAUGAGGGGCUUUUGUAUCAAAAUUUGCAACUGAUAAAGUAUUAUUCAUCAUUAAAUUCAAUGUCAUACAAUAACUGCUGAAUUUUUAAUUUUGCUAAUCUCAGUUUUCUUUUAUCAAAAUCCUGAAGAACAGUUAUCAAGCUCAAACAGAAUGAAGUUGCUUCAUCAUUUUCGUCAAAUCUUGAUUUAUCCAUGUCUUUCAAUUCUUGCAAAAAAGGAUCUUUCAUAGAGGCAUCUGUUUCGGCUUUUCUUUUAACACGCUCGGGAGGCAGAUCCUCCAGAGAUGGAGUGUUGAACGAAUCUUUUGAUGUGCCUUCCGUGUUAUUUGGUGCUAACUAGACAUUGCCACGAGUUGGCAGAUUUGAUGUCUUUUUGUGCAAAAAUUGCAUUGCUGAAAAGUACUUGCACUCCAGGAGAGAUGCUGCAGCAGCUCCAUAUCUUGUUAAGGCUCUUCUUUUAUCCAGACACUUUUUCAAAGAAUCCUUCAAAUUUUUAAGAACUUUUUGUAGGUAUGGGACUGCAGAAGAAAUUAUAUUGUUAACAAAGAAAAAAAAACAUUCCUACCUAUUAACAACUAUUAACAGCCCAAUUAUUAAGAACUGUAUUGAUAUUUUGCAUAGAAACGUAGCGGCAAAGUUUCAAAAGCAACAGUUUUGUUAAAUUCCCUGUUCCAAAUUACCAUCCAUUUUCAAAGUCGUUCUUGAAUAACCUCCCUUAGUAAAUUCCGUCUAUAGUCUCGUAAGAAAAGUUACAAACUGCCAGAUCUACUGCCAGAUUAGAUCAUUCAAAAAAUUUCUACAACGCAAUACAGGAACACUUACCUUCUUGAUUGAACAUGUUUGACAAAAUGUUCAAUGCAUUCAUUUUCAUGCUCCUGUUUCUAUAGUUGCUGUCACUAGUGUUCCAAAGGCACUUGAACUCCCUUAGUGUUUGCUAAAACAUUUCCUUGUCGAAGGGUUCAGGGCUGUCCUCAGUAAACGACAAUUGGUCCCCAUCUAUUCCAACCUGGGGCUGCAAUUUUAAAUUGCUGGAAACAAAUAGUAACCUGCCGUUUGAAGAAACAUUUUCUUCGAGUUGUCCAUGCAUUGGGUGCACCUCAUCUGAAGCCAUUUUGACCCACGAUGUCUAAAAGCUUACUGUAAUUCUAUUGGCUAAAAAUUUGACGAUCGUCAAGAUUAUAUUUUUGUCGCGAUGAUGCGCUUUUAAAAACCGCGCAUGUGUAGUUGCACAAGUUUCUGAUGAUCGUCUUAAAAUUGUCUAGUGGAGAUCCGCCUUGAGGAGGGCCAAUGAAAAGAAAAUAACUUUAUUUGCCACACCCAAACCACGCUUCUAUUUGGUUUCUGGGCUGGUUUUCAUAGCUUACUGAAAUUGUCACUUAGCCCUUUAAUUGGCAAAUAUAGAUUUACUUUCCCGUAAUCGAAAAUUACAUUAAGAAUAGACAUAAGCUCGAAAAGACAGAAAACAGAACAAUUGUACAAGUGAUUUUCAUAAAAAAUUUAUGCAAGUUUAUUGUUGAUUGUAUGUCCGUUAAUAAAUAAUGUAAAAUGUAAACAAUGGAAUGGUUGUGGCCUAUUGAAAACAGACAAAAAUCCGGUAGAAAACCACACACUUCCCUGCUUUAAAGUAGCCAGAAUAUUAGAAAUUUGCAUAUUCUAACUUAACCCGAAAAUCCGAAAUGAAAGUAAACAUCUCUUGUAUCUUUUAACUUGUUGUUUCGUUUCAACUGUAAACCCAACAGAAACGAUCUGUUUGGGGCCGCCAUUAUGGAAGUUUAUAAAAUAGAACCAGUGCAAAUCCAAUUUGCGAAAAAUUCCGAAAUGAGGCCCAAAAAGUCCCAAAAUGCAAUGAACACUUCAAAAAAUUUGAUAGCUUUUUAAAGAUGUAAAAGUUGAACUAUUUUCAAAAUCUCAUGGAAACAACAUGCUCAUGCCCCUAAAGAUUAUAAAAAUCUUUUGUUUUCAAUGAAGAAAUCCUUAUCUUAGUACUGUUGCAAAACAAUGGUAAUCCUAUAUAGUUCUGUCCUUCCUACGGCACUGCACAUACACUGUACUGCUGAAGCCUACCCCCUUGCCUCUUGGUCAUUGCCGCGUCCUUGUAUCUCGCAAGGAGGACAUUUGGUAUCGUAAAAUAAGCAUCGUUCCUGCUUUUCCUGUCCUAUUUUUUUAUCAUUGUAGAAUAUAUAUUGUUAACUGAUACAGGUUAAAUGAUUAAUUAGUAUUAAUAGAUUUCAGGGAUAUCUCUAAAUCCGAAGAACACAGACAUGAAAUGAUAAAACAAAAUGAAGAUGCAAAUUUGUAAACAAUCUAAAUGUAAAGUGCAUAUAUAUAGUUACUAAUUAAAGUCUUUUACUUCCAAUGAAAUUCAGAAUCAUCUAUGUCUUCUCUCAUAUUUAAUUCACAAAAAACUCUUGGAGACAGGCACUUUGCAGCUUCGCUCUGCAAAUUCGAAUGGAUCUUUCUUGGUUGGUAUCCCCCUUUUCAAAUUCAGAGAGGGAUGUUUUGUAUCCGUCAAGGAAGGAUGCCAGGUCCUUUAAUUUCUUUUUGAUGUUACAUUGAGCCAUAUCGUAUGCUGUUUCAACGGAUAAAUUUUGGGCAAAUGAAGCCUCAAACUGUAUGUAACCAUCAUAUUGUUCUAAAUUUGUUCUUGAAUUAAUUGUGUGAUCUUAAUUUGUUCUUAACUGUUGACAAAAUUUUUAAGGCUCUUAUUCUAACAAAAUUGUUCUUAUAAAAAAGAGCGUAAAAGAAAUAGACUGCCUAAUAAUUUCAAUGGCACUGUAACAUUUGAUGGUAUUGUAACUAAUAUUUUUCACAGAUUUCAUAAUCAACAUGAAAAAACUUUGGAGAAUGGGGUAUUUUAAAUACAACUUGAUUGUUUCACAGAACCAAAAAAACAGGUACGGAUGUGCCCCUGGCAUGUAUUAUACCUCCAUUCCUGCAUGAAGAUGAGGUAGAAUCACACUUCAACUUACAGGCAUGGAUAAAGUGUCUUGGAAAAUACAUCUAAACUUGGAUUUGCCUGCAAUUAAAUAUGGCCGAGCAAUGGAAGCAGAAUCCUUGGCAGCAUUCUUUAACACAAAAAUAUUGAGAGCACAAAAAUGCAAAAAUAUUGGAUUGUGGUCUUUUCCUAUGCAAAGAUGUUCCCUGUGUUGGAGCUAGUCCGGAUAGAAUAAUUGUAUGUGACUGUUGUGGAGAGUCAUGCCUUGAAGUAAAGUGCCCCUUUUCAAUCUCCCAUACUAGCCAAACUUAUCCCAAAUUACGCUUGCCAUAUUUGAUGCUGACUGAGAACUCCACAGUCAUGUGAACAGGAAGCACAAGUACUUUACCCAGCGCCAAGUACAAAUGGCUGCUACAGAAAUGACAAGAACCUACUUUCUUGUGUGGACUUCACAUGGAACUUUUACAGAAAAACUAUAUUUUAAUAGUGGUUUUUGGAGUUACUAGUGCUUACUGAAAGACGAGUUUAUUUGUAAUCUAGUUAAAAUUCAAAUCAAAAUAAGUAUUCAGUUGCUAAUUA